GAUAAAUCUACGUUUCAUGUCAACGCAGUAUAAGACCCGUCAGGACCCUGAACUGGACUGGAGGACUGAUGUGUGAUUGGAUCCACCUGCUGCUGCUUAUAUAAACCAGGGGAGCAGAGACUCCCCUGCUUCAGACCACGUGAGACUUAUUCAGCCUCCGUCGUCAUGUCGGCCGCUAAAUCCGGAUCAUCCCUGCGGACUCUACUCCUGACUCCGCAACGGGUCCCGGCCUUCCUCAUCCCCUCCCGCAGUCCGCUCCUCUGCCUCUCUCCGCGGCUUCGCCGAAGCUCCUCGGACCGGACCAGACUGCUGUCCGACGAUGAAGACGAUAGUCCGGGUGCGCUCAGCCCCGCGGCCCCCCGCCGCUCCCUGCUGCGCCUGCCGUCGCCGCGGCCCAGACACCCGCGCCACGCAGUUGCUGCGGCAGAGUCUGCGGACACGGACCUGACGACACGCGCGGCCAUGUCGCUGCCGCACGUGGAGAAGGUGAUCACACCCUACGGCUUCCGCGCCGCGCUGGCCGCGAGUCCGUGCACGCGCCGGCGGGAAUCCCUGUUUCACCAGAGUAAACCGCUGACGGUCACAGAUGGUCAGCAGGAGGAGCCGGCGGAGCCUCCUCCACCUCCCGGCAGGUCCCACGUGCUCUGCGCGGUGAUGAAGGAGCUGAAGAGACCUGCAGCCGCUCUGAAGGCUCUGAGUCCCGCCACGAGGAGGACACGCCCCCGCUGACACACCUGUCAGGUAGCCCUGACACUGAGCAGGAGUGAGCUGACUGUGGUCAGUCAAGAUUUAAAUUUAAUGUUUAAAUAAAUGAUUUUAAUAAA